AUGGGCCUCUGGACAGCCAACCUGCCGGCACUGCUCGGCCUUUCCCCCUAUGUUGUCUGGCCGUUCUUGUCAAUCAGCCUGAUCCUCCUGCCUGCUACCGCCUACGCCCUCUACAACCUCUUCCUCCACCCUCUUCGCGUCGUGCCGGGCCCCAAGCUCUGGGCAGCCACCCAGAUCCCCUACACGAUCGUCUGGCUGACCGGCCGUCUGCAAUUCGUCGUCCACGACCUUCACGAAACCUACGGCGACAUCGUGCGCGUGGCGCCCAACCGCCUGUCCUUCACCCACCCAGACGCGUGGCGCGAUGUCCGCGGCCACCGCAAGAACGGCCAGGGCGAGCACGGCAAGGAUGCCAUCAUCUACUUCAACUCUCGGCACAACAUCCUGGGCGCGUCGAGGGAGGACCACGCGCGAUUCAGGCGCAUCCUGUCGCACGGCUUCUCGGCCAGGAGCAUGCAGGAGCAGCAGCCGCUGAUCACGCGGUACGUGGACCUGCUGAUGCAGCGCCUGCGCGAGCGGACGAGCGGCAAGGGUGGGGAGCGGCACGAGGCGGUGGUCAACCUCGCCGCGUGGUUCAACUUCACCACGUUCGACGUCAUUGGCGACUUGGCUUUCGGCGAGCCGUUCGGCUGUCUGGAGGAGUCGAAGUUCCACCCGUGGGUGGAUGCCAUCCUGACCACUCUUGCGACGGUUGGCACGGCCUCGGCCAUCCAAUGGUACCUCCCCGGCAUGCUGAGCCUUGCGAAAGCUCUCGCGCCCAAGCGGUAUGUUGGCGCGGGACUCGAUAACCAGACUGAUUUGGCCCGCGAACGAGUCGCCAGGAGGCUGGCGUUGAGCGGCGGCCGGCCGGACUUUGUUGAGGCCAUGGCCACGGCCAAGGCCGACGACGGGCGGAUGCUGACGAUGGAGGAGAUGACGGCGAAUGCGCGGCUUUUGGUCCUCGCCGGGAGCGAGACGACUGCCACGGCGCUGACGGCUGCGAGCUACUUCCUGGCUACGCACCCCGAUGUGCAGGCAAAGUUGGCCGACGAGGUGCGCACGACGUUUGCCACCGAGGACGAGAUCGAUCUGUUCAGCGUCAACUGUCUCACAUACAUGCUGGCUGUUCUCGACGAGGCCAUGAGGGUGUUCCCGCCGGUGCCAAGGCAGUUGCCAAGGACUUUGUCACCCGGAAGGAGACGUUAUCUGCGGACGGGGCUUGAUAUCUGGCCUUGGGCCAUGAAUCACUCUUCUAGGAAUUUCACUGAGCCCGAAAAGUUCAUUCCGGAGCGCUGGCUCCCCGACGAACAAUACCAGGGGCAGCAUUUUUACAAGCAGAGGCAGGGCGCUCUGCAGCCCUUUUCGGUCGGGCCACGCAACUGCAUCGGCAAGAAUCUGGCUUAUGUUGAGAUGCGCCUGAUUCUGGCGAGGCUCAUAUUCAACUACGACUUGGCGCUGGCUGACGGUGUCACGGAACCCUUCCUCGAAAACAGGGCGUUUACUUUGUGGCUCAAACGAUCGCUGCAUGUGCGGCUGAUUCCUGUGGAGCGGAAAUAA